GGUUUCGUAUAUAAUGUUACAGAAAUAUCAUGACAUAGGUUACUUUUUAAAAAAUGCGCACAAAUGUGGAUAUUCAUAUAAUUAAUUAUUUAACGUGGGACCACGAUGUUACAAGGUCCGCUCCUGAACGCUUGUACUCGCCGCUACGAAACACAGUAAGAACUAAGGUGGGGAGUUUACAGUCAUCGUUGUUUCUCACACUAACCAACGCCCUAUGAAUGACGUCAGAUACGUAUAGUGUGCAUACGAUCGUCGUAACGUGUAUACCGCGUCUCCUUUGAGGAAAUCGACAAAUCCUCGCUCGUGACGCGUUAAAAUGUCGAUCGAUAAAAAGAUCGUAAGCAUAGUUUGUACAGUGUUACUAUUCGCGACGAUAGGAUGCGAAGCUAUUCGGUGUUAUCAAUGCAGCAGUGAUACUGAUCCAGAAGGCGAAGAUCUUUGUGGGGCUUAUGGAAAAUUUGAUAAAGAGAGAAACAUUCCGGUAGAAUGUAGCAGCGAUGAAUCUCAUACGAUUGGCACAUUUUGCGUCAAAUUGACGCAACAAAGUCCUCGUGGUUUCAUAUGGAACGGUAGAUGGCGGCAAGUGAUACGAAGGUGUGCAUCUGUUUCCAGUACCGGAGUUACAGGUGUCUGUAAUUGGGGGGUCUACGAGAAUGGAGUCUAUUGGCAAGAAUGUUCUUGCUCCGAAGAUUCUUGUAACGGAGCAUCUUCAAUUUCUUCACUUUCUACGAUAAUCUUUGUUACCUUAAGCGUUCUUCUUUCGAUCUUAUUUACAAGAUAAAUUAAAGUAGCGCGGGUCUACUGAAAGAAAAAUAUUUAAUCUCGUUAGCAACGAAAAUCCGUCCGCAAUGAUAAUAUUGUUUACAAAGUAUAGAAAUAUUUUAGAUUGAUAAGUAACGAAAAAUCCGUCCGCAAUUAUAAUACUGUUUACAAAGUAUAGAAAUAUUAUAGAUCGAUAAGAUUACUCGUUAGAGAAUUUUAGUCUUGAACGAGGCAAAUUUUGUAAAACCAAGACUUAUUGAUAUAUAUAUACAUAUAUUAUUUUUAUAUAGAUAUAUAUCUUUCAUUUUUAUAUUUUUAUGUAAAGAAUUUAGAAAAAAAAAAAGAAAGAAGAUGGAAAUAAAGUAGAUUAGAAAUCUACGUCUUCUUCGUGUUAGUUUGUACAUAAGAUUAAAUUUCGUUAAUGACAUUUUCUUAGAGAUAUAUAUAUAUGAAGCGUUUUGCAAUUAACUUUUAUUACAAUAAAUUCUUUCGUCCUUAUUAACGUCACAUUUAAGUUUAAUAAUACUAAUAAUAGACGGUCGAAGAUCAUAUUCUAUUUAAAGGAUUGAUUUAAUCGAAAAACGAUUCAGCUAGAUGAUUGUCCCUGAUAAUUAGUAUCAAGAGACAAAAGCACGUAAUUAGUACAAAACGUAUUAGUAGCUACGAUCAGCAUAAGAUCGAUAGACGAAAAUUCGAUUAGCUGAUCGCGCUAGUAAACACGUAGUUACACCAAAAUAUCAACAAUAUUUAUGUCAUCUGUAGCAGCUGCUGCUUCAAUUAAUUUUUCGUAAAAAGUAGCAAUCGAGAGAAAUAAAUAUUAGUCAAUAUCUCUUGAAAGACUUGUCUCAUGCCUAUACAUACAAUAUACUACCUGCAUACAAUAUGCGUUUACGCAUACAUAAAUAAAUACACAUUUAUCUUUAAAAUGAUCUUUGUUCAUAGAAUAAAUUUAUGUGAGAUAUUAAAUCGUCAUUUUGUUGAAACUAAUAAAUACAAAAUAUUUAUACCAUU